UGGGAAGCCACGCGGAGGCGGAGGCUGGGAAGACAUCCCCGGACUGGAGAUUUGCAGGGUGACAUCAGACAGGUGACUCAAGCCGGGAGUGACAUCAGACAGGUGACUCAAGCCUGGAGCCUCCAUUUCCUCAUCAGCUGAACGAAGAUGGAGACUUGACGCCGCAGGGUGUCGCGGAGGGUCACAGAGGAGAGGGUGCUUCAAGGAUGACCGCAUCGUCUUCUGGACGUGGAUGUUCUCUACCUACUUCAUGGAGAAAUGGGCGCCGCGGCAGGACGACAUGCUUUUCUACGUGCGCCGGAAGCUGGCGUACCCAGGCGGUGAGGGCAGCGCGGACGGGAGGAAGCGGGCCGAGGCGGAGCCCGAGGUGGAGGUGGAGGUGUACCGGCGCGACUCCAAGAAGCUGCCGGGCCUUGGAGACCCCGACAUUGACUGGGAGGAGAGUGUUUGCCUGAACCUCAUCCUGCAGAAGCUGGACUACAUGGUCACCUGUGCCGUGUGCACGCGCACUGAUGGGGGGGACAUCCACAUCCAUAAGAAGAAAUCCCAGCAAGUGUUUGCGUCCCCCAGUAAGCACCCCAUGGACAGCAAGGGGGAGGAAUCCAAGAUCAGCUACCCCAACAUCUUCUUCAUGAUCGACAGCUUCGAGGAGGUGUUCAGCGACAUGACUGUGGGGGAGGGAGAGAUGGUCUGCGUGGAGCUGGUGGCCAGUGACAAAACCAACCUGUUCCAAGGGGUCAUCUUUCAGGGCUCCAUCCGCUACGAAGCCCUCAAGAAGGUGUACGACAACCGAGUGAGCGUGGCUGCCCGGAUGGCACAGAAGAUGUCGUUUGGCUUCUACAAGUACAACAACAUGGAGUUCGUGCGCAUGAAGGGGCCACAGGGCAAGGGCCACGCGGAGAUGGCCGUCAGCCGCGUGUCUACUGGGGACACGUCCCCCUGCGGGACUGAAGAGGAUUCCAGCCCGGCCUCACCCAUGCACGAGCGGGUGACCUCCUUCAGCACGCCCCCCACCCCGGAGCGGAACAACCGGCCCGCUUUCUUCUCCCCGUCCCUCAAGAGGAAGGUGCCCCGGAACCGGAUCGCGGAGAUGAAGAAGUCGCACUCGGCCAACGACAGUGAGGAGCUCUUCCGCGAGGACAACGGCGGGGCUGAUCUGCAUAAUGCCACCAACCUCCGGUCUCGGUCCCUGUCCGGCACGGGGCGGUCCCUGGUUGGGUCCUGGCUGAAGCUGAACAGAGCGGAUGGCAAUUUCCUUCUCUAUGCACAUCUGACCUACGUCACGUUGCCACUGCAUCGGAUUUUAACAGACAUCCUGGAAGUUCGGCAGAAGCCCAUCCUGAUGACCUAGCCGUGUGCAGAGCCUGCGCAGAGCCCCCCAGCCCUGCCCGGCCCUGGGGGUGCUGCCAAGUGCCUACCUGUCCACCGCCACCGGGGUCUUCUGUGACAGCCCAGCGCCGGAGCCGGAGCCAGGCGGGGCCGCUCGCCUCCUGGGGCCAGGGCCGACUCCACGAACACCAGCCCAAACUGAAGUGCCUCUUUCUCCCCUGCCGGCUCGGCUCCUGCACCACCCCCGUGCCCGCCUGCCCGCCCGCCCCCCUCCAUCCCCGGUCCAUCUCUGCAGCACCCUCUGCACCCCGAGAGGCCCAGAGAUGCCAAGAGGCUGUGAGAGAGCAGAGGAGCGGCCGGCGGCCAGAGCGUGUCCGGACCGACCGACCCGACGUCUGCGCGCAGACCGCUGGUGGACAGGCCCCCGAGUGUCCGCGCCUCCCCGAGAACUGGCUCACGGUUCCGUCCUGCUGUACCCAUGAACUUCCGCGUCCGAGUUAGGCCCGACUUGUCCGCCCUCCCUUGUUUACCGCUUGGUUACACAUGGGUGGCCUCGGGGAGCCGGGGCACGCAGCUGUCUGAGGGUUUUGCCCUGGGCUGGGAAUACCUCACCCCACGCCCGGUUCCAGAAAGGCCCCAAUCCUGCCAGAAUGGCCUUUGCUUCCAGCCAAAGAGCACCACCAACACACACACCUCCGCCUUGGAGACAUCCCGCUCUGCGCCGCGGCUGGCGUGACCCACAGAAUCGGGACUCUGAGAGCAGGUGGGACAGCCUGGUGGUCAGACAGGAGAGGAGGGUUGGGGGCGGGGGCCGGCCUCCUCCCAGGAAGGUUCUAGGCAGAACCUCCGUCCUCGGGGGGCCGGGGAGGGGAUAGGCUGUUUUCCUGGAGCUUGCUUUGGCAGAGUGCGCUGGUCCCGUUUCUCAGACCGGCUCACUGAGGCAAAGAGGACUUGACCUCCAGGCGGCUGGCCCAGUGGGUUUGCGCGAGCGGCCUUGUUGGGGCCGGAGGGAUUCCCACCUGUGAUGGAUGACACGCUGUGCUCUUCUCAACACCACGAGCCCUCUCGAGCGGAAGCGUUCCCCUGCCCCACUGGGAAUAAACUGUCAGCUGGGUCUCUGUUGCGAUGUUGUUUUGUUUGGAGUCCCCAGAAGUAUCGGAGGGUUUGCUGUGUGCACGGAGACCCUCUCUGCGGGGAGGAGUGGUUGGAGGGCUCCUCCUCCCACUGCUCUAUUCUGCGCGCUCUGAGGGUUUGCGCUGGGCUCCGGGAACAGGGGCUACCUUGGGGCUUUUGCUAGAUUUUAUACGCUGUUAUUAAAGCAAGCUGUUGCAUUUCAUUCUGCCUCAGUUGGCCCACCUGUAAAAUGGGGCUGAUACCACCUACCUCAUGAAGCGUCCAGGGUUCUGGUGCACGACUGGGUCAGGCAGCCUCUUGCAGAGCUUGGGUCCGGGCAGACUCUCGGACUCUCAGAUGCUUCCCCCAGCCGUCCUCUGUGUGGUGGGGCUGGGCUGGAACAUUCUCGUCUUCUGUGGCAGUGCCCAGCCCCCGCUUAGCCGAAUCCCAGCUGUCUGCACAAUUUUACGUUCCAGAGUGGUGUUUCAGGACAGCACAGAGUCGGGCCUCUCCGCCACGUGCUGGGGCAGAGCCUCUGAUCCCUGAGCACGGCCCCAAGUUCCAGAAGUGUUCUCCAGGGGAGCCAAAUGCUGCCGCCACGUUUGUGUCCAGGGAGGCUAAGAUACAGCUUCAGGAAUUCUCUCUCCCUGGUCGUCCGGGGUCUGAAGACUCUGGAAUUCAGGUCUUGGGGGAAAUACAGCCCCGGUGUAUCUUCCACGGAAGGAUGAGGUAGUCAAACAGACGCAGGAAGAUGGCGGCCCUCCCUCUGCUCUCAGGGUCCCCCCACUGGAACCAAACCCUGAGGCUCAGCCACCCACUGCUGGCGGAGCCGUGGGCACAUCCGAUGCCCCCUCUGUAAAGUGACAGAUGCACAUCACAGGUCACCUGAGGGCCAUUUGCAGUAAUGCGCACAAGGGCUUUGCUGGUCGUAGAAAUGGGCGCCACAGUGGCGUUCCAGAGAUGACCCCUCGUUUGUAAUGUGCCAACGGCGUACACGGCGGCUUGGCUGUUUCCGCUCCCACACCGGGGCAUCGCUCACACACACGGGCUCGGUCGUCAUCCCCAGCCUCAGGCCCGGCCAACGGCCCACCCAGGCGUCCGCGACACCGCUGCCCUGCGACAGACGGGAGCGUGUGGGCGGCAGCGUCCGCCCUCCACCCUUUCCCUCUUCCGGAGGUUACGUCUGAAACUGAAUUUUAAUCACGCUUUUUUGAGAGGCACUUGGUCACUAGGCAGUAAGCUGUCACCCUGAGGUUCUUUUCAAAGUGACAAAGGACAUCAGUGACAGAGUAAGAGAUGACAAGUGAUGGGGCCAAGCCCAGCCCCCCAGUGUCCUGGCGUGUCCGGCUGUCACUUCUUGUAAGGCCAUCUUUCAUGUUUCUGGAAACACGCCUGUCUCUUGUGUAACGCGGGGAUGACCAGAGCACGUGCACAUUUCUCCAGUGGGAACUGGAAUCAAAGUGUGGUUUUCCUGUGAAGGCACCGCGGUGUCACUUUUUAGGACACGAAUAAGAGAGCAAGCUCUCCUUUCAUAAGAAAUGUCACGGUCCUGGCCUCUGAUGGGCGGCCUGUGGCCUCUCGACCCCCUUCCAGUGCCCGCGGGCCGAGGGGGCAUUCGGUCUCGCACGCUGAUGUCUUCCAGGAGCUUCCAGUUGCUGGUAGAAAUAGCCGAGGCUCAGCAUCUCAGAAAAAUCUUAUUUAAAAUGUAAGCGACAGGGAAGUCAUCCACAGAGAACAAAAUCUUCCAGAGCCCGGUCGCCUUGCGGAUGGCUAGAUUUUCCGACGAGUCCCGGUCCCGGGAACGUGGACUCUUCAAGGACGGCGCGCACGUGAACUGGUCAGGUUCCUGUCCUCCGCGGAGCCCUGGCCACUCGCGACGCGACACCAGCCCGGUGGGACUGCUCUUCCAAGGAUCCAGCUAGGAGGAGACUGGGAGCCGCUGCUGCUGUUGGAAGCACAGACCGUCUAGACAGCAGAAUCGAAAAGUGAAAUAAAAACUUGCUUUUUCCUCAUCAGAAGACAUUCCCGAAGGCAGGCCCCCCGUGCGGUUGGCAAAUUCUAGUGACUUGGCUUGAAGAACACAUCGGAUGCUGUCCCAACAGGGAGGCUCGAAGUCGUUGGCCGAGAACCUUCAAAGAUGUCACAUGUGCAAAAGCUGCCAGCGUUGCCGGGAGCCUCAAGAGGUCUCUGGCAAGUGACUGCGCUAGAACCGGGUUUCCUAUCUGGUCUCGAACAUCGAGCGGCUGUUGGCGUGAUGGGGAUUCUUCUCACCUUUGGAUCAGAAAGCAGGUUUCUCUUAAAACACAUCAGGCUCCGGGAGGGCAGCAAGCCCGUGCCGGCUGCCACCAGGCCCCCUGAGCAGGAGCGGAAGCGGGAGGCCCUCCAGGGUCCCAUGGCCAGGGUGCCACGCGGCCUCUGGGGGGCUUGAGCCCUCAGGCGGUUUGGGGGGUGGUGCACGCGAGGCUGCUCCCCUCUGCUCCUUUCCACUGGCUGAUGUGGUGCGGACGUGGUCCUCGGUGGGAGGAGAAAUCCUCUGAUCCUUUCUCUGAGCCGGUCUCGAAUGGUCUGGAGAACCAGGACACCCGCCCGCAGAAGCCAAGUCACCCGGACACCAAGAGGCCCGGCCGGCCGUGGGUUCAGACCCCCACAGUGGGGAGAGUUUGUGUUUACAGUUUUUCUACCAUCCCCAAGACAAGAAGGCACCUUGAUUUUUCGCAGCCCGGAGCUCAGGAGACCAGAGGUCACGGCCGAGCGGCUGGGGGCAUUCCGUUUUUCUCAAAGGCCGGGCGGGUUAGGUGUUCACAGCGUGCACUCACGGUUCCCAAGCAAACUCUCUCCCUGUGAGAAGAAUCAAAACCUGCAAAGAAAACCUGGGGCAAUUUUUCACAACUUUGAGGCUUAACUAAAAUGAUUUCUACAAAAUAUAUUUUGGCAAAAGCACCAGAAUGGUGUAAUCAAACAUGUUAGGAUCUCGUGGUCAGGGGUAUUUCCAUGAACAAGCAGCUUCCCGGUUCACCAUCUUCCGCGUACAGAAACCAUCUCUGGGCAGCAUUUGGUUGGCUGUGAGCUGUUAAGUUUUUGCAUUUCUGUUCAAAGUUGAUUUGCAUGUUGGAUAUUAAAUUUGUUUUUCCUCAGUGUUUUCCUCUGAUGAAUCUGUACUUGGUUAUUUUUUCUUUCUUUAACGGGUAUUUCAGAUCAAAUACAGACGUUACGGCAAUGCAUAAACUUAGUGACUGAACCUUAAUUUGCCCCCAAAGAUUUCUUCUUCGAGCGUUUUUGGAGCUUUCACAGGAGUUCCUUUCUAGAAAUGCUGGAGAUGGACAGAAACCAGCCCGGGCCGUGGCUCCGGCCACGCUGGGUCAGCCACAGGGUCAGGGCGCCCUCGGACAGGGUUUGGUUCCAGGUACUAUUUGCAAAAUCCAAACACAAGAUACGCGUUUCAAGUUUCGCUCCCAGUCCCCACAGAGCAGUAGCUUUUUCUGGAGUACCUCUUACAAAGGUCUCAUGCAUGGUAGAAUGCCUAGGAUCAGAGUCAGGAGUCCCUCCCAACAGGCUCCCUGGGCUGCGGGGAGAGUUUCCGGGGGCAGGCGCGCUGUUGCACAUUUCUGGAGCUGACUCCGCCUACCAGAGGCUGACAGAGGCUCGGCGGCAGUGGGCUCACUCGCCCCGGGAGCAGACAAACUCUAAGUUGUGUCUCAGGUGGUGGGCAGGCGUCAGGCCUCCGCCACGGCGGGAAGUUACAUGAGAGGAAGUGAGAGCACAGAAGGGGGGUCUGAGAGGAACAUGUACACAAAUCUAGAAACACAGUGCGAACCAUCACAUCGAGGUUGUCUCUUGCAAACAUCCGUUGCGGUAGAAACAUCCAAACCGGGAGAAUUUUCUGAGGCAGCUUCACCAAGGGCAGAUUGCCUGAGCGGUCAUCAAGCAGGCAGUCUGGUAGUGAAACUUUUAAAAGACAAUGUCUUUGUUGCCAUCCAGGUCAAACCCCCUUCUCAUUGAAGAGGUAGGAGGAGGCCCCUUUAAAACAGUCGCCUGAAAACUAUUUAACAGCUCUUCUUGGAGAAAGCUGCACCAGAACCCCGUCCUAGGGGCUGCCUCCUCCUCGAGGCUAAUGCUGCUGUCUGAGUCCUUCUAGCCCGUCCUCGAGGAACGUCCAGGAACUACCAUCAUGGCCUAGCUUUAGAAAUACAUGUUGGCUGGAAGAGAAAACCUUUGGGAAUUUUCUGUAGGGAGGAGGGGAAAAUGUAAAAUAAAUUAAUCCAUGCACAAUCCUAGUUCAUUGUAUAUAUACAUGCUGAACGGAUAAGCCUGCUGUGCUUCGUGAUUGUUAAAAUGAGGGGAACAACUGGGAAACUUAUGUGCGAAGGGAGGAUGUUUGUUUUGGGGGAUGACAAAACAAAAGACUUCCUUUCUUAUGCUCACAGCUGACUUGGCCUCUACCUAAGCCAACAGGUUUGACAAGAUUAUUUCUUUUCCUAUGUGUGGAUUAAGGGUCUUUCAUCUUGGAAUCUGACUUUAAUAAAACAAUUAGAUUGCUCAGUUUGAAA